GCUUGACGUUUGACUUUGUCACCUGGGAACUGUCAGAGUUAUGUCAAAUUGUUAAAUAAUCGAAUUCCAAUAUAAAUUAGAUGCAAAUGAAAAAUUAGUUAAGUGAUUUGUAAAAUAAUUUCUGAUAUACAGCAUGGUUAGAUUAACGACCGCACUUUUCCGUGUACCGGUCAUUAAAUUCCGAAAGGGUGGAGGUUCUCAAGCUGGACGGCCUCCAUCUGCUCCUGCAGCUGCACCAGCGUCGGCGGCACCAGCCGCAGCUCCCGCCCCUGUGCAAUCACAACAAACAGUUACUAUGAGCACCAUAUCUGAUAUAGAGUUACCACCGCGCUACCGCAGGGCACCGCUGACUCAAGAAGAGAUUGACCACAUCAAUGGCGGAGGAAUUGAAGAAAAAGGCACAGCUACUGCGGAAGUCAAACCUGGUACUCUUGUAUUCAACAUGCCCAAAAAAGUUGUGAUGCACUGUCGAAAGCCAACUAGAAAAUUUAUCAAACCUCCUCCAUGUGGAUGUGACGUUUGCAAAUUUAAAUAAAUAAAAAAAAUCCUAUGGUUUUUGGUUCUUAAUUUGUAGCAUUUGGUAA